AUGCGUCCCAGCAGCAUUGUUCACAGUGGUAUGCCAUCCGGCCACAAGUGGAUCGGAUGGUGGGGCGCUUUUGGUGGCCCAACCCAGAAGGGAAUUAAGUCAUACGCUGUGUCGUCGUUCCAGCAGAACCCCUUCGCCGGUGUGUUCCAGGGAUACUUUUUCAACGGUUUCCGCCGCGCUGCUAAGCAGCUGCCAUACUCAGGCAUUCCUUUUGUCGUCGGCUACUUCAUUUACACGUGGGGCAACAAGGAGUACAACUACGUCAACUCCAAGGAAGGUCACCUUGCUCUGGGUGAGGAGCACUAA